UUCAAAUUACUUGCAAAAAAAAAGUCCGUAGCUAUGGAAUGCCUGGUUAUGACAUACAAUGACCAAGCAGUUUGUAUGGAUGACACUGCAAAAAAACUCGGACUUUCUGUAGCGGAUACUAUAGAUUGUUUAAUAGUUCACAAGAAAGUUGGUACAACGCAAUACAACAGUAGGGACUACAUCUCAAUUAACUUCCAGUGCAAGUUUCAAAAAGUAAAAAAAAAUUACAAGACAAAUAAAUACACUUCAUUGCAAGAAACAUUCGAAAAAUAUGCAGCAGAUAUCGGUCACAAGUUACAAGAACUGGUGUUUAAAUUUGAUGGCGAUGUUAUUCCUAAAACUUCUCUACCACUUGAUCUUGACCUUGAAAAUGACGAUACUAUUGACGUUAUGAGAAAAAAAAUACAAACAACUAAAUUCGCUAAAUGAUGUAUUUUUUCUCGCAUUAUUCCUAAUUUUUUUAUGAAGUCUCUUUUAUUUACUCUUCAUUAAAUUUCCAAAUGUUUGUUUAUGUUUUUCUGUAAUAAACUAUUAGUUUUACAGGUUUCUUGAAUAGGUUAUGUUUGGUAUUUAAUAUUGUUUAAUAAUGGCAUCAUUAUAUGAUGUGCAUCCUGUUAUUGAGAUUCCCUACCAUCCAAUAUCUGUGUGUGAUGCUAUGCUCCCAUCAAAUGUCAUAGCUGUACAAUCCACACAACAAGAUCUUGCAGUUUCUGGAAACAAAGAAGUUACUCUGAUAACCAAAUACUCUUCCUGUACACAGACACUUAGUUUUGAUAAUGCAGUUGAAGUUUUGUCCUGGAGCGAUGAUGGAAAUUAUUUAAUUGUCGGAGCGUGUAACGGUCAUCUUAUAAUUCUCUCAAAAGAAAAUUCAAAAGAAUUAUUUAAAGAAGUUAUUUCAUCCAGUUACAGCAAUGUUGGGUUUAAAACAAUCGACCCACAUUUUUGUUCAGUUAAUUUGACCAAAAUGUCCAACACAGAUCUCUAUGUUGCAAGUGCAGCAAUGGAAACUGGUGAUGUGUUUGUCUUCCAUAAUAUUCAAUUAUCUGCAAAUCCAGACAAAGAUGCAGACAUAAAAGCAAACAUGAGACAAUCUACUUUCAACUGCUCACAUCAUCAUACAAGUUUAAAGGAUUUAGUUUGUGUUAAAACUAACGAAUCGAUCAGUUUCAUAACUGGGGGACAUGGUUCUGAUUUUCUUGUUGUGUGGGAAGAUAUAAACAAACAGAUGUUUAAUGAAAAUAAAUCAGACACACAAUAUAGUGCAGUUGAUUUUGUUGAACACGAUAAUAUAAGAGGUUUACCAAACAACUGGAAUUGUGAAGGUUUUAAUAAAUUCUUGGUUGUUGGUUCAAUGCUGUUUGCCCUUGAUAAUUUGGGUCAUCUUUAUCAACUAAGCAUGCCAAAUCUACUUUUAAUGAAAUGGUGGAAUAAUAUUGCUUUAUCUGACUUCAUCAUACAAGUUCCAUGUUUUGCUACAUUACCGAACAAAAUCGGCUCCAGUUCUGUAUUUGGAAUAACGAAAAAUGGAAAAAAUUGUGUUGCUUUGGUCUUGCCGGCAAUGAAACAGGUUUUUGAAACUUCUUGCAGUGAGGGAAGCAUGAUAGCGAAUGCACCAAGUAAUAGCGAAUAUAUUCAUUUGGUUGAAUCAUAUGCAUCUAUAGAUGCAAAUGAUGCAGUUGUGAAAAUCAAAAGUGUCACUGAGACGUCACCAAUAAGUCGUUUACUAUUUCUAUUGCAACAAUGUGCUUAUGAAAAGGCAUUUUCCUUUGCAGAAGAAUAUAAUUUGGAUUCUCAAAUCAUAUACCAAAACAAGGCAUCUUAUUUACUUCAUUCAAUAACUUCAAUGACCAAAAGCGAUGAAAAAGUUGAUAUUUUUAAGGAAUUGUGUUUCUGCAUUAAUAAAAUAACAGAUGCUGUGUACAUAGGAGAACUAUGUAUGAGUGUUGCUCUUCCUGAUUUGGAAAUAACAUACUCACUUCUAGCACUUGCAUGCGAAAGACUUGAUCAAUUUAAUGAUGAUUCCCAUGCAGAUGUCAAAAUAGAGAUUGACCAAGUACUGGACAGACUUCUUACUUACCGAAUGGCAUUCGCACAAUCUGAUAUGAUUUCUUGGGAAAAAUUUCGGCAACAAAAUUUCCAAGAAACAGUUGCCAUGUUGCUUCUGUCUGGCAAUCUUUACCAAGCAACCGUGAUAUGUUCAAGACAUCAUAUUGAGCUUGUUGAAAGUUUAAAAGCAGAAGAUGGCAAGAUGUUGAAAACAAUGUUGAAAAUGAUUCCUGAUGAUGUUGAAAUGACAUCGUUGAUUGAUUUCUUGAAACAUUUGUUACCACUCAUCUUGUUGUCAGAUAUCCCUAAUUCUGUUCAGACCACAGUAUCAUGGAUAAGCGAACACGCUCAAACUCUGGAGGAAGUUUCCAGUGAUGGUUGGCCGGAUAAUGCUUUGAAACUCGCAACACUGUUUUUCGAGGUUCAGGAAAAACUUUUAACGUCUGGUUUCCUAAGCAAGAAACUGAGUUCGAUGCAUCAUGUAAACAAAGAUCAAUCUGACAAAGUUUCUCAACUUCGAUUGUUGAUUUCGCAACUGCAAGCUUUACAGAAACUACAAACCAAGUAUACGUGUGAUGUUUCGUUAAAGGAAUUCACCAAGGAAACCACAUUAUCUCUCACAUUUCGAUUGUUGGAUAAAAUAAACACACCUGAACUUAUACCUGGCUCGUUUCAAACCACAGUACGACCAUAUAUGGAAGAACAUCAAUUAUCAGAAGAAUCCACUUUACUACCAUAUAUAACGGUAUGCCAUUUUUCUGCAUACGUUUAUACACUUUUAAAAGUCUUCACAUAUUCAAAUUUAUUGAAUUUUUUUGUUUUUUUAAAUUUUUUUGUUUUUAUUAGACGCAUCAUUUUUCUGCAUGAGUUUGUACACCUCAUGUCAUGUACUUUCAGUCUUAACAUACGUAAAUUUAUUGCAUUUUUUCGUUUUUAUCACUGUAUGUCAUUUUCCCGAAUAUGUUCAUACACCUCAUGUACUUUUAAAAGUCUUAACAUAUGCAAAUUAUAGCAGUUUCUUUUUCUUUUUUUUUAGCAAUUU